CCAAUUUUUCCUCAAUUCAUUCGGAACAUUUCUAAAUUUUCUGUAGCUUCUUCGGAGGCUACAUAAAAUGUAUAUUCAUCAGGCGGAUUUUAGUCCAACGAGUGUUAACAGAACAUUGAAGGUAGAAGAGUAAACAAAGUUUAUAUCAGGGGAAGUGACAUGGAUCUUGCUGUACAAGGUUCAAAAGGAAACACACUAAUGGUGGUUGAUAAUGGCAACACAUCAAAUGUUCAUGAUGACGACAGAAAUGUCCGAACUACAGAACUUGAUGUCUUGACUCAUAGGAAUCACUUUUCUGGUGGAAAAUCCCUACAGUUAUCCUGUGCAGAAGCCCGUGUAGUUGCUCCCCGAGAUGAUGACGAUGUGCAGAGACUUGAAAGAGAUUUUGCAAAUCUGAAUCCAAAAAGCCCACUUAGUCCUCCUAAUCUAGAUGUCCAAAAGGAGUUUUCUAAUCCAUUUCAAGUCCCAGACCAGCUUGAUGGGAAACCUAUGAACGAUGCAAGGUGUGACCCAAGAUACAUUCCACAGACUACAACAAAAGCUUAUCAGCCAACAGACUCUCAAUCAAGAGUUCGACAGCCUAGUGAUGCCCGCCAAUCACAUGGUAUGGUUGCACAAGCUUCUGGUGGUAUCAGACAACCAUCAAAAGUCCAGGUUGUAGGCAAUCAGAAAGAACUCAGUCAGAAAAUUGUUGCUGCUCAAAUACAGCAGCUGGCACAGAGUCACAAAGAGCCAUGGAAGGUAGAUCUGAUUAAAAAGAUUGUCAGACAGUAUCAGAAAGCAAACCGAUGUGUCCCUGUUUCACCAGACACAGAUAUAGAAAAUACUUUCGAAGCACCAAAGGAGAAACAGUUCCAAUUGCAUGUUGUUCCUGAUGAAAUACCAGAAGAGGAUAUGACCAUCACAAUCAGUGAUGACAGUUCAUAUCACGACAUCCGCCCAGAAAGUAAACCAUCUAUUGGAAAUGUACAACCGCAACCAGAGUUGAGAACCUUAAGUUGUCAGCCCUCGAGUGCUGAUACAAAUGACAUUCACCCUAGCAAAAUGGCCAUAGAACUAUUAAAUGGUUCUAAUUACUUCAGAAAGCAUGAAUUCAUGAAAGGGUAUGUAUUACCCGGUACACAGCAAUCCUUGUCACACCUGUUGAGAGUUUAUACAACACAGCCUGCAGAGUUAGCUAUUGGUUGUCAUGGUAUUCUGACAACUCGAAACAACCAGCCAACUGAGUUAGGAGAAUAUGAGGAAUUAGAAGGUCCUGGCAAUGGUCAUAAGUUUAUCAAAAUUGCUGGUCGUGGAUCAUAUGGCUGUGUCAAACUUUUUCAAGACAACAUGACCAGAAUGGAAUUUGUUAAGAAAGAGAUAUUCAAGCAAGAUAAUAUCUUUCUGUAUGAAGUAAGAAUACUUAGUGAGAUCCACCACAUGAACAUUGCUGAAUUGUAUGGCUUUGUUUUGAGAGAUGGUGUACCAGAAAUACUUAUGGAAUAUGCAGGAAUUAGCCUGAUUGAGUACACCACAACAGCAGACCCGUCUUCUGAUGAUCUGAAAGAAGACAAGAUCAUUGAUAUGUUAUACCAAGGAUUGUCUGCUCUUGAGUAUCUAGACAGCAAGGGGGUCAUUCAUUAUGAUAUUAAACCUGAGAAUAUCUGCAUUCUUAAGAGAGAGAGUGACAUCUGCCUUAAAAUAACUGAUUUUGGAUCAGCCAAGAAAGUUACAGAACCACCUGACUUCAUGGGGUGUACAGUGGAGUACUUAUCUCCAGAACUGGGAAUCCAGUUAAUUGCCUCCAAGUAUCAGUCAGGAGUGAUGAAUCUAUUCAACUUUGAUACAGCAGAUUUUGUUAUGUCUACCAAGUCAGAUAUUUUCUCCUUGGCAUUGUCAAUUAUGUUUGUCUACAGAAGGGGACAUGUGGUUAUCUCCCUUUUCAACAAUGGGAAUAUGUCAUACAAUGGCCUAGAUGCUGGCACUAUUAAUAAACUCAGACAGACCAUACUUGUUUCUUUGGCAAAAAAUCCGUCAUUAGUAAAAACUUGUUUGAUACCUGAUGCUUGCUGUAGUGAAAUGAAAAGCAUCCUUAAAGAUAUGGUGGCAGAAAUCCCACAACGAAGACCUACAGCUACACAACUUAAAAACACAAUGGAUGAUGUACUAAACAGGAAGAAGACCCCAACAGACAUGCCAUUUUUCAUUAGUUAUGGAUCUUUUAAUGAAGACAGACAUCUGAGCCUCACAAGACAACUUAGUUCUAAGAGUGCAGUAGGACAGAAUACCAGUUACACAGGAGCUAUUAGAGGAAACAGCAUGACUUUCAAAAGAAGAAUAUCCCGAGAUCAGAGUUCUCUCCCUUAUGGCUAUACUACACCACAGAAAAUGGAGACGAAUGAUGUUGAAGUUUUGUCUUAUCUUCAGGAAGUUGUUCCCAAGUUUACACAGAUUUGAAUGAAAUGAUUUAUCACAAGAUGAUUGUUUUUUUAAAUAGUAAUAAAGCAUAAACUUUGUUAAUGAAUUUUUACCAAAAAAUAUAGAGUAUAAAAUUAAGAAGAAUUGAUAAAAAGCAUAAACAAAGAAUUUUAAAAAAAACAAUUAAAAGGAAUGGGAAUUAUAAAGUUGUAUUAAAUUUUAUAUAUAAACAAGACCAAUACCAGGUCUGGACCUGUGUCUCUGCAUGCAAUUGAUUGAGGUAACAUGUAUACUGGAGCAUGACUGAUCAUUCCCUUUCACUGAAGCCAAGAAAACUAGUCAAAAUUUUCCAUGUACAAUGAGUGAUGUAAUAUUUCAAAAACAAUUGAAUAUAUAUUUAAAUCUGUUGACUUUUUUACUUUUUGAAAAAAAAAUUUCAUCUUGUGAUAAAAGAAGGGGAGACAAUCAGUAGAAUAUUAUAUUAUGAUAGUGUGUUAGUGGAAAAAUUAUGUGACACAGAACUGAAUAUGUAAAAUGUAAAUACAGAUUUUCUUACCAUUUUCAUAUUUUCAGCAACACAAGUUUUGAGACGAACAGUUUGAUGGGUUUCUGUUUGUCUUGACCUGUGUUUGCUUUGAGAUAAUGCUUAUUGGUAAAUAUUUACCAUUAUUUUAUGUAUUCAUAUGAAAGACCUUUCAAAAAUGUUUUUAUUCUGACAAUUAGUUUUAGAGUUUACAAAUAUAAUAAUUUAGUUUUUUAUUUGAAAUUGAGAAAAAAAAAUGAAAAUGCUUUAAAAAUAGCAGAAAAUAAAUCUAGAAUGAAGAACAAAAUUUGUUUAAAUUGUGAUUUUUGUCAGUAUUUUUGAAAAGUUUUCUUUAAGUAUAUGAUAAUCAUGUUAUCACAUUAUAAUAAUACAUUGUUAUAGUUGUUAUUCAUACAUUGUCUUUUUCUUUGGUCUCACAGUAUCACACUUGAACCUAUUGAUUAUCACAAAGUUAAAUUUGCUUACAAAGGAAACAAUCUAAGAUAUGUAUGGGUAGUUUCCAACAACAAAAAAUUAAUGUAACCAGAGGAAUCCAGAAAUUCAGACCAAUAAAGUGCACCUUAAUAUUUGUUACCAUGCAUUAAUAUUUCAUCAAUAAAAAUCAUUGAAUCCAGAA